AUGACUUCUACCGACUCGCGACCGUUCCGUUUCCUGGACCUACCUGUCAAGAUACGCAACGCAGUCUACCGCAUGCUGUUAUGCAACUUCGAGCACGCGCCUACACGUGUUGCCGUCCAGGGCACGUCCGACUUUGAGAAGCUCCGUACCGCCAAGCAUUCCAUUGAGCCAGCCGUCCUCUGCACCAACCAGCAGAUCCACCGCGAGGCCUACGAUGUCAUGGUCAGGGAGAAUGGCUUCGUCCACGUCAAGUGCGUGGGUGGCUUGCCACUCGGAAUAGGCCUCAUGGCGUCUUGCGUCCCAAUAGUCACUCAGAACGCAGCCGCUGCCGAUCGCUUCAGAGGAUACAUUCUCUCUGUUUCGCUCUGCGCCAAUCGAGAUUCGCCCAGAGCCUUGAGCGUGAGCGACCACCCCUUAUUCGCUCCUUGUAGCCUCAUCAUUCUCAGCCGAGACCUGGAUGGCUUCUGUCGCGCCGUGGCGGAUGCCGAUAUACACAUACCGGGCUGUAGCAAGCUGCUCGUCAUGUCAAUUACCGUGGCCCCCAAACUCGCUCAGCUUCUACCGAUGUCUCAAAAGUCGAUCGGGGCCUUCUUGACCGAAAAGAUGCAAGAAACGGUACUGUCCCCAUUCCGACGACUCCGUGGUCUGAAGGCCGUACAAGUACAUGGUCACGUCUCUCGCGAGCUUGCCAAUGCCGUUCGCGACCAGAUGGGUUAG